CUCGCUUCAAUCUUUGUUUCCAAGGGACUAUAUAUUUUUUACAUAUUUUCGUUCUCUGGGGAUUUACAUUUAGACACGGUCACUUGCCAAAACCAUCUAGGCAUAAGGCAAAUUCAAAUGUUCGGGAAUUUUUUUUAUAUAAUAGCCUUUCGUGUACUUGCAAGCGAAAAACACUUAAGUACGUACCCGGAAGUAUGUAUCAGCUUGGAAUUGAUAAAGGGCAUGAACGGCUGACUUAAAAAUUUAAAAGGUUUUUAAUCUUCUAUGCCGUUCAAUGUGAAAAAUCGGCCGAGAAAAAUUCUGAAAAUUGCGCAAGACCACGUGACAUUUAUCUCACUGCCAAUUGGUGGUUUUCCCUGGGGAGAGAAAUUGAGAGGCAGUAUGCGAAACAACAAAACAAAAACAUCUUCGGUUUCAUCAGUAUCGAUCAAACGAAUGAAAGUGAACGGGCGAGCUCUGAUGAGUUGUUCGAUAACCACUUCUCUCAUGCUGUAGUCUACUUUAAAGGACAAAACGCGUUUAAACUGACCGCACGUUUUCUUGGUAUUUUCACAAAGCUUAACAACAAAGACGCUCUCGUGCGCUUUGUCAGAUAGCCAAGCUUAUGAAAGGACCCGUGAGACUCCUCAUACAACUCAACUUGUACCUUAUCUCAGAAAUUUGGCCGUUCUCGUGGAUGUUGGCUAUUUACGGAACGAACUUCUCGAUCGUCGCCAUUGGCAUGUUCUACGUUAUUGAUUUUCGUCGUUUGUUUUGAUGCGUCGCGUCGACUCCUCGCCACUCCUUGCUUUGACCAGCUUUCACCAUCACGUUUCCGCAGCGCAACGAUUUAUCUUGGUCCACUAAGAGACGAAACCGGACGUGCUACGUUUUCUGGUAGAAAGAGAGCAUUGGUCUGAGGUAUGGUAAUCUUACAAGGAGCCUUGAUUGACGUAAACAGGCAUUUUCACACCAAACUGAGAAAGUCGCUUUUCUUGCCAGUUCGCCCGCCAUAUUAAACGCCAUCAGCACGCAGUACGAUUUGGAAGAGACGUCACCAAAACAAACCUCAGUAUCACUGUUUAGACUUCUCACGGGAAUAUUCUUUUAAGAAAAAGUUUUCCAUUCUUUCUGGUGUAAAGGCUUAACUUCUUUAUACCUGUGCGUGCGGACAAAAGCGUCGCCUAUCUCGAAUACGGUUUAUUUAGCUUUGAGCUAUUUAACCUUAUUGGAGCGCCUUCUAGACAGGGCGGGAGUUUCAAAACAACUAUGAACGAAAUCGAUUAUGAUCAAGAGCUACCACGUGAGCUCAUCAAAUGCGUCUUGGUUGGAGACACAGGUGUUGGAAAGACUCGACUAAUUUGUGCGCAAGCUGUUGGAGUUGGUAUCCCUGCACCACAAGACACCAAGCAACCUCUUCACUUUCCAACAGUGUUUGCCAUCGAUCAGUACCAUGUUUCUCGGGAUAUAAAGGAGCGAGGCAACUUUCGUGUUGAUGGAGUAGACGUAGCCCUGAGGCUCUGGGAUACGUUUGGCGACCAUGAGUUUAACCGUAAAUUUGCCUAUCAGCAUGCCCAUGUAGUAGCACUUUGUUUUGCCAUCAACUGCCCUAAGACAUUUAAGAAUGUCAAUGCUGUAUGGUAUAGUGAAAUCAAGAAGUACUGUCCAAGAACCCCAAUUGUAUUGGUGGGAAUGCAGUCUGAUUGGCGAUUACAUGGCAAAGACACUACAGUAAACACCAGCAUUAGCUUGUCAAAGCGAAUGCGAGAGUGCUCCCUCAUUACACCUGAUAUGGGACGCCAAGUGGCCAAAGAGAUUGGUGCAACAUACUAUGAAACAAGUGUUGUAACUAUGUGGGGAGUGCAGCAGGUAUUUGAAAAUGCAAUCCGCUCAGCACUGAUCACCAGAAGACAGACCAGGUUUUGGUCUUCACAUCUGAGAGGGGUCCAGAAACCACAGCUUCAGCCUCCUUACCUUCCAGAAAAACCUGACGCUCCAAAUGUCAGUGUACCAUCCUCAUUAUACAAGGAAAACUUGAAGGGGUUGCUUGAUAGUGGGAUGUGUGCUGAUGUGGAAUUUCUUGUUCAUGGUCAAACCAUCAAGGCUCACAAGGCAAUACUGUGUGCAGCAGCACCAACAUUUGCCAAACUCUUCUCUUCUGUGGAAGCUAAACUUCGCAUUGGUUUUGGCGUUUCACAAAAGUUAUUGUUACAAGAUGCACUUGUGUUUGGAAAGCCAGGAAGCCUACCCAGAGGUUUUGUGUCCAUUGACUCCUUCAACAGUGGCUGGACAAGUGAAGAUCACAGCUCUAUCAUUCAAGUGAAGGUGGAUAACUUUGUUUCACACAGAACAUUUGUAUAUAUCCUUGAAUUUCUGUAUAGCGGCAACCUUCCCCUUGAGGCAUGCACUGAAGAACUUGAAGAAGCUGCCAGAAAUCUUCAGCUCGUUAAUCUGGUUGAUUAUGUUGCUAAUGUAAUAAGCAAUGCAGAGUACAUGAACACUGAAGUCCAUUCACGGAUGGUUCGAGAGAUGACUUCGUGUGCUAAGAAGCUGGUGAACUCUCAGAUGUUCUCUGAUAUUGUAUUCCAAAUUGAAGGCCGGAUUGUUGUGGCACACAAGGCAUUUUUAGUGGCACAGUGUGAAAUGAUGGCAGCAAUGUUCAUGACAGGCCAUUUCAAAGAAAGUGGAGUACAAGUGGUGGAAUUUAAGGACACCAACUUUGAUGCAUUUUUAAAAGUCCUUGAAUACCUCUACACUGGGCAGUGCCCAGUUUUGACUGUGGAUGACAUCAUUGGUGUGCUGGCUCUGGCAAACUUCUUCUGUCUGCCUAGACUUGUUGCUCUUUGUGAAAAGCUCAUUGUCAAAGAACUACAGGUUGCUAUGGCAGCAGAUGAAAUGGCUGUUACUGAGGAUGUCAUUGGAUAUCUUCUUGAGGCUCAGAUUCACAAUGCCACACAGCUGGAAUCCUGGUGCAUACACUUCAUUGCAACACACUACAAUGCUGUCUGCCAACAGUGUCCCAAGCAUAUCAAGAACUUUGACUCAUCGACUCUCAAGUCCAUCGAAACGAAGCGUUGGCCGCCACCGUGGUACAUUGUCGAGGCUGACUGGUAUGAGAAGGCCACAAGAGAGCUUGAUAAUGAGAAGGUAGCAGAGAAGCUACGCAAGUCACACAAACACAUCAGACACAAACGAAAGUGCAGCUGUCUGUGAGAGCCCCUUUAUAACAAGGUGAAUUAACAGUACUGUUUGCAGUGAAGCAGAAUUGCAGCAGUCUGUUUCACUUUAUACAUUAUUAAAAUAAGAAACACCAAAAUUGUGUAUCAUUGCAGUGCUAGUUGUUAUAACUCGAUAAGUUUAUUUUUUCCUCUUACGAGCAUGUAGUCAGCGCACUAUCUCCCUAAUGUAUUGACCCAUCCCAAAGCACCUUGUACUCUGGACCAAGUGGUCCAGGCUUCAGCACUGACUAGGGGUCAUUGUUUUGUGUUUGUAACAUCUGAAGGCAAUUUACCCUUAGUGCUAACAAAACUGUAAGAGCAACUUGACGAAAUUCUAGGGGUAUCCAGGGAAAGUACAUGUCGCUGUACUUCUAGUGGUACUGAAAAUGGGAGUAUAGACUUUUCCUUACCCUGUACCCUUUGGAAGAGGCAUUGUAAUGUGUAGUUAAUUAGUUUUGGGAUUUCAAGAGUGUCAGUAGUGUGUUGGGUUCGUGGAGAUCACUUUUCCCUAGCUAAUUGCACUCUAAGAAGAAUAUAAAAUUACUGAAGUUUCUGAAGUUUAUUUUAUACGGGAAGACUCGGGUAUGUAUUAUGAAUCAUACUUAAGUGUACUAAUAAGAGUUAUGAUUAUUGUGGUCAGUAUUAAAUAUCAAAUAUUAAUUAAUGAAUCACAAAGCAGACCAAACAUGAAUACCAUUAGCAUUUGAGAAACAGUUUUGUUUGUACACAUACACAUAAAAACUUCUCUUAGGUAAACAUUACACAUGUAAGGUUCACCUCUGGCUUUCCUUUUCAAGAGUUACUUGUUAAUUUUGAAGUUGUUUGCAUCUCGAAUCUGUUAUAAUUUCUGAAAAUUUGUUAAGAGUACAUGCAUGUGUUGGUUAUGAUUACAACAUAAUUGAGAGUUAUUGAGAUUACUUUUAUAACAACAUUGUAAGUAUAGCAUACUUGAAACAACUGCAGAUUUAUUUAUAGGAAGUUUAGUACUACAGUAAAGUUUAUAUUAUUGUAUGUCAAAGAGAUAUUUGUACAUGUAUGUUUUCUUUUAAGUACGUUUUUCCAUUAUACAAUUUGUUUAUGUACAAUGUACAGUGAUGUCACUAUUUUACACUGUUAUACAUGUACGUAUGAAGAAGAGAGAUACUGCUGUUAUUAAAGUCUCUCUGUCUCUAAAUAGCACUUACAGUAUUAUACAGGAGUUCAAUUUAUUUGUAUUGUUAUUGUUCAACUGUUUUUUAAUACUAGGCAAAGUUAGAUUGCAUAACGAACAAGCACUUCAUGUUGAAUGUAGUGCUGGCUACAUGUACAUUAUUUUACUUUAGAAUUAAUUGAAUUUUGAGGUUUUAGUUGGUUAAGUAUUUCAAUAUUUUUGGUAGUUUACUUACAGCAGAGUGCUUUUGUGUGGCAUCAGCUUGUUGUUUGCAUUACAAACUACAGACUGUGUUAACUCAAGAUGCAUUGUAAAUACACAGUGCUUCACAAUUCCAGCUAUUGUCAUGCAAAAGAAAUGUGACAGGCUUGGGCAUUCAAUUGUACAUGUACAACGAUGUAUCUCAGCAGAUAACAGAACACUGCUUGAUCUUGUAAAUUUUAACAACCAAUGACGAAGUGUCAACAAGCUGACAGUGAAUAUUUCAUGGAAGGUGGUGUUUACAUGAUACCCUGGUGACUUUCAUACCAGUUCCCUUGGGGCUCUGUAUUUGUUCACAUGGUACCACAACAAAAUGUCAUAAUGGAGUGAGUCAUACCAGUGCUAGUGUACCCCUGUUGGCUGUACUGAAGCAGAAUUUUUAUUCCAUUGCGAAAAUUCAUUCCAGUUUUGUGGUAUGACUGUUUGUUUCAUAUCCUUUCAAGUUUCAUCGAUUUUACAGCAGUACAAAACUCAUCACCAUAAAGACAGCUUAUGUAAGUAUGACUCUUUCAUCUCAUAUGGGAAUAAAAAUGGUACCAGUAUCAUGUAAACUCCCCCUACCAUAGUGUUGACUUGGGGUAACACUGAGUAACAUGCAGCAAGCGUUGUGGUAAAUAAAAAUAAUGUUCCCUCAA